AGACCCUUCAUACGAUAUACUUCUCAUGACAGAGGGUCUUUUGGUACGCUUAGAUCUAAUUUUCUUAUUAGUGAACGACUACAGAACGACGAGAGUAGCCGAAGUCCUCUCCGAUUUCCGUACUUUGCAAUACUAUAUCGCAGCAGCACCCACGGAUCCCAACAACAUGGAGGACUAUUACACAGAAGGUUGGGCGGCUUUACGUCAAUGCUCCCUCGACGGGCAGCACAUUCUCAACUGCGCCGCCGACACCAGCGUUCCACAAGCAAGUGGCGGGACCCUUGAGCAGGAGAAGGCGGAGCUGAGGCAAUGCUUGCUCGACGCAUUCUCGAGGAGACACGAGUGUCAAAAGAUCUAUCUGCGACAAGCUGCUGCGCAGCGAUGGGUUACCAACAGGGAUGGCAUUCUGCAGGGCGCGCGACCGAACUCGAGGAGUCAAUCGCAUCUGAGAGCGUGUGAUCAACAGCUUAGAGCUGAGCUCGCUACCAUCACCGACGAGGCGAUCUACAACGAACUGCAGGCAUCCGAUGCCGCAAUAGGCCGCUGGACGGCCGAGGACCCAAGCCAACGAGGUGUGCAGCGCUGGCUCCGCGCACGUCGACCAUGAAGGCUCUUCGUCGCGAUAUUCAUGAGACGAAGUUGAGACGACUGAGGAUGUUUGAUGAUUCAAGACCAAAAAGUAAUGUUUCUUCUGACAGCAUCGAGAAUUGGGGACCUUUGACAUAAACGGCGCAUGGAGGAUACCAUUUACGAAGCGAGCGUUUCGAUAAUGUUUGUUUGUUUCCUUAUUCUUUCUUCGACGGGGUGCAUUAUUCAGAGCUUUUCAUUGGCGGGCUGGACGCGCUUGAACAGGAAAAAGGUCCAGGUAGACCCAACGACUACAGAGAAGAGGGUUCUGAUAAUGGGAGAGAAGAAAUGGAUUGCGAAACGGUAGAAGAUAAGAUGACUGAAGC